GAUGGCAUUCAAGCCUUGCUAGCCGGUGUUAUAUCAGGUACUGGCGAAUUUCGGAUACAGUGCAUUUGGGCGUUAGGCAACAUAGCUGCCGACUGUGCCGAUUGCAAGAAAAAAUGUCGUGAAACAGGACUUCUCACUGUGAUAGCCCGGAUACUCGCUCAAGGAACUCAUACCGAGCUGAGUGACCUGAAGAACAUCGUAUGGUGCGCAAUGAACGUGAUGCGUGGUGGUGUCCGAAACGGUACCGUACCGCUCCCGGUAAGACUUCCCACGAAAGGCAAUGGUACGUAUACGGACGCUCAUAAAUGGAUUUCCCAGACUAUUCAAAUGCUAGUAACGUCAUUAGCUGAUCUUACGCGAAGGUAUACCGUGUGGACGGAUCUCGCCAAAGACUGUCUGUGGACGUUGGCAUCCAUAGCUGACGAUAUGCAUCAGGGUACCCAGAUAGAAGUAGUGCUAAAUGAACCGGGUUUGGUGGAUCUGGCAUUCGAAAUUCUAGAUUCACCCAUAGGUGAACUACAUCACGGCGCACUCCGAAUACUUGGUAACAUUAUCACAGGAAACGAUAUCCAGACGGCUGCCAUUAUUUCUCAUCCACGAUUUUAUGAUAUUCUGGUCCGUUCCCUGUCGCACAAAUCACGAUGCGAUGUACGUCGAGAGGCUGCGUGGAUGUGCUCGAACAUUGCUGCAAGCAGACCAGAUCACGCAGAU